AUGUUUGCAGAUGAUAGGGAAAUGCUUGAUUAUUUUCUACUUGCUACUCUUUUGGUCGUGUCGAACUUGGGCGAAAAAGUUGAUAAUGCAUUAUGCUUUGGUGCGUUAAAGGUCGAUUUGCCUGUUCGAUACUUGCAUAUUCAGUUGCGGAGCGGUGAAAAAAACAUUACACAGUCUAUAGGUUUACUGAAUAUAUCAAUUUCUGGAUUAUGCCGUUAUAGAUCUCAGUUACUUGAUUACUAUGACGGUUCGUAUAUAUUGCGAAUUCGUUUGUGGUCUUCUUGUCCGCAAAUGAUUAUAAAUAUCCAUACUUUGGAUAAUGUCUCUUUAUGUGACUCUCCAAUAUUAAUUAAAAAAGCUGAUGGUAAUUUACUUUAUUCGGAAUAUUGUGAUUGUCCAAGUUGGAACAUCUCAAAAUGGAUGGAGGAAGCUCAUUGCUCAUCUCAGUAUUCUCAGCUUGAUAGAGAUCUGAGCCAGUGGUCUACAAUUAACUUUAAACAAGUACUAAUUAAUGUAAAAAAGAAAUGGGCGAAAUUCGAAAAUCGCUUUGCAUCCUCAUUAUGCCAUUAUCAAAUUGUUAACAAUAACCUGCACAGAGAAUGCUUUGGAGAACAUACAGGUUUUCGAUUAUUUGUUGAUGCAGCAUUUACUUCGUUGAUGAGAAAAAUGUAUCUGCCAAAUACGGAAUUCAUAUUUAAUCUUGGCGAUUGGCCUCUUGUGAAAAAAUAUGCUGAUAAUGAGCCAAUAAUUAGCUGGUGCGGUUCUGAAGCUACUAGAGAUAUUGUACUGCCAACGUAUGAAUUAAUGAAGUCGGUAAUCGAUUCCUUGGAGUCUGUCACAUUGGAUAUACACACUGUGAGAGGGAAAAAACGCUAUAAGUGGCAGGAGAAAAAAGACAGUGCUCUGCGACUUGAAGUAGCAAAGCUGUCUCGGUUAAAUCCUGAUCUUCUGGAUGCAGGGAUCACCAAGUAUUUCUUUUUCAACCAAUCCCAAUAUGGACCAACGAUGGCAAGGAUGUCAUUCCCGGACUUUUUUCAACAUAAAUUUGUACUGAGCAUCGAUGGCACUGUUGCGGCAUACCGUCUUCCUUUCCUGCUGGCUGGAGAUAGCGUAAUUUUUAAGUCAAAAUCGCUGUACUAUGAGCAUUUUUACGCCGACCUAAAAGAAGGAUUACAUUAUUUUGAAUUUAACGGCUCCGAUCUCAUUGAACGAAUCAAAUGGGCUAGAACGCAAGACUACAACGAAACCUUGCAAGCGAUGCGUCAGUUUGCGCUACAGUAUCUCCAACCUCUAGAUAUUUUUUGCUAUUAUGCAAACUUUGUGCAGAAAUAUACGAAUAAACUAAAAGAUGCUCCGACAAAACCACUAGCUGGAAUGGAAGAUGUUCCACAUAUUCCUCUAGAAAAGCAAUCAAAUGACGAGUCGUGUGACUGUUUGGAGCAAAAUAAAAAUUACAAAACUAAGAACAACAAACAAGAAUUAUAA